ACCAAGUCCUCCAGGCAAAAAGUGACUCUUGUGCUUGGUGGCAGCCUCUUUCCGGGUCACCACCAUCCGACCCCAUUUGCUACCCGCCGCCAUUAUGAACAUCCGCAAUGCUCGGCCAGAUGACCUGAUUAACAUGCAACACUGCAACCUUCUCUGCCUUCCCGAGAACUACCAGAUGAAAUACUCUUUCUACCAUGGCCUUUCCUGGCCGCAGCUUUCUUACAUUGCUGAGGACGAGGGCGGGAAGAUUGUGGGCUACGUCCUGGCCAAAAUGGAGGAGGACCCAGAUGACGUCCCCCAUGGACAUAUCACCUCGCUGGCGGUGAAGCGUUCACACCGGCGCCUCGGCCUGGCCCAGACGCGGAUGGACCAGGCCUCCCGGGCCAUGAUAGAGAACUUUAGCGCCAAGUACGUAUCCCUGCACAUCAGGAAGAGUAACCGCGCAGCUUUGCACCUCUAUUCUAACACCCUCAACUUUCAGGUUAGUGAGGUGGAACCCAAAUUCUAUGCAGAUGGGGAAGAUGCCUAUGCUAUGAAACGGGAUCUCUCACAGAUGGCAGAUGAGCUAAGGCAGCUGGAGCUGAAGAAGGGCAGGUUUGUGGUGCUGGGCUCCAGGGAAAACCAGGAAACCCAGGGAAGCCCACUUCCUAGUUCCGAAGAGGAUGGUCAGAAGGAGAAGAACCCUGCCGCUGAUGAUAGUGGCAGUGACAGCAAGGAACCCAGCGAGUCCGAGGAGAGCACUGAUGCAGACAGCUCAGAAGAUUCAGAUUCUACCUCCUAG